AUGAAAAUGUUAAGAGCGGUAAUGAUAUCCAUUGUCAUUCUCCUAAUUGCAGGAUGUGAAGCUCUGGCUUCCAUACCAUGCCCCACAGUUAUUGAGGAUGUUGCACCUUGCGUUAGGUUCCUGAAAUCACAAUCAGAGCACCCCUCUGAGGAGUGUUGCCAAGGCAUCAAGAAACUAAAUGGUGACGCUGACACCCAAGAGAAUCGAAUAACUAUAUGUCAGUGCUUCAAGAAAGGGUUGGCCACGAUUGGAGAUUAUGAUCCUGAACGUAUACCUCAAGCUCCCCAAGAUUGUGGACUCUCUGUUACCAUUCCUCCCAUUGACCAGAAAACUGAUUGCAACAAAGUAAGCUUUAUGAUGUGA